UGCCAUAAAGAAGAGGUUCAAACCGAUGGCUGAGAAGUAGUCUUUUUCUUUUAGCAUAAUCAAGUAUGCCAUUUAUUUUAUAAAAUCUACAUUGUAUUUUUAAGAUGCUCACAUUUGUGAACAUGAAGUUGUUUUAUAACUAAAAUAACGAACGAGUUCCGCUAUGCUGGAGUUAGCGGCUGAGCUAAAUGUCAACAAAUAUACUGGGCCAACGUUGCAUUUAAAUAUGUAGUUAAGAAUUGUUUUUAUUGAGGACAUGUCGACCUAGUUUUGCAGGACUAAACGCAUUUAGAGCAUUUUGUUUGUUUGUUUUUUAUUUUAUUUACAAUUUAAAAAAUAUUCUGGAGAGGACGAAGACAUGGAGUGUUCUUCCUCGGUGCUGGACAAAGCAGACAGAUGUUACAUUUGUCUGAGUCUGUUCAAGGAUCAAUCCGUGGGCUCUCUCCCGAAUUGUCGGCAUUUUUUCUGCUUUGAGUGUAUUCUCCAAUGGUCCCAGACUGCAAACACAUGUCCCGUGGAUCGAACCAGUUUUGACUUCAUCCACCAGAGACAACGUCCGGGAGGUGCCAUUCAAAAUAAGAUAAAGGUGCAAUCAAAGAAGGAGGAAACUGAGGUAGAAGAGCCAACAGGUGGUGCUGUCCACUGUGACGAAUGUGGACGUAGUGACCGGAGACGACAGAUGCUGGUGUGCAUACACUGUGAUUCAGGGUAUCAUAUGAACUGUUUGACACCGUCAUUAAGUUCAGCUCCUGAAGGCGACUGGAUUUGUUCCGAUUGUCUGGCCCAUCCUCCUCAUACAGAUGACUCCAUGUUGGAGGCCGACAUCAGUGAUGGAGAAGUGACCGACCUUCUGUCUGACUUUGAUGGUCCUGCAUUGAUCACAAACCGGCUUAGAGUCUCGACUACAAAUCGACCCAGCAGCUCCACGGGACGACGACGCAGUACCAGGCUCCGGAGCGGAACCAGCGCUGACUCUAGUCCUCGAACACCAACAACCUGGCAUGUUCCCAGGUAUUUAAUGCGAGCAUCAAGGUCUGCGGUCAGGGACGAUGACGUGACCACCAUCAAUCAGAGCGACAGCAGCUCAGCCUCAAAUUAAAUUAAUGGAUUCACUACCACUGUGUCACCACAAGGGGGCAGCGUUGUAAGUCAGUUUAUGUGGUUCUAAAUACUAAAACUGCAGGUGCGGAUUUUUGUUUUUUUUUGUUUUGUUUUUUUUUAAUGUACAUAUUUAUAUAUAUUUUUCUGUGGCAAAAUGAGUAUUUUUAAAAAAUAAAAAACAGGUGUCUCAGUUUCUAAUCUCAGAGAUGGGAAGUAUUAAAACUGGACAAUUGGUGAGUAAUACUGACUUGUUUUACAUUUUAUUUUUGCCACGGCGGUGGUGGUGUUGUGAAUCGCUCCGUGUCCUCCAGCUUUCCUGUUUCCAACAGUGUUACAUGUCGCCUCCUCAAAUCAGACAAUAUGUGUGGGUCUCAGUCAGUGUGACCUACUUUUUCCCCUCGUCUUCAUAAGGAGCCCGGAGUCACGCUGCUCAGCACACCGCUUGUAAUUACAUCCCUUUGACUCCAGGUGUCACUGUAUAAUCAAUGAUACGCAGACGCUCUUGCGUGUCCGUUCGCUGACGUACAAACCUGUUCAACACCACAUUCGAGAAUAGAUUUUGUUCAUUUUUUCCCUCCAAACUCCUGCAACAGUGCAGUGACAAUGGUGACAGUGUACAAUCACAUCGUACUAUACACUUAU